GUGUCUCUCCCUGACACUGACACACUAUGAGAGGGCUUACUGACGAGGAAGAGGAAGCAAUAGCAGACAGACCCAGAUGGAUUUCAGCUCGUUCCUGACGUCGCUGAUCACGUCCUUCGUGAUCUUCGUCGUCCUGAUGGCCCUCUUCACGUGGCUCUCCGGCAGGCCCGGGAACAAGGUGAUCUACUACUCCAACCGCCUCCUCAAGGGCAUGGACCCCUCCGACGGCGGCUCCUACGCCUCCUGCAGCCCCUUCGUCUGGAUCCGCGAGGCCCUCUCCUCCUCCGAGCAGGACGUUAUCAAAAUGUCCGGCGUCGACACCGCCGUCUACUUCGUCUUCCUCAGCACCGUGUUGGGAAUAUUAGCUUUAUCCGGCAUUGUGCUGCUACCGGUUCUUCUACCUGUUGCUGCCACUGACGAUACUCCAAACAAAUCUUUAAACACAACCAGCAAUGGGACAUUCAGUGAUCUUGACAAGUUUUCAAUGGGAUAUGUGCCAGAGAAAAGCUUUAGGUUGUGGGCAUUCCUGAUAGCUACUUACUGGGUCUCAAUCGUUGCAUACUACCUGUUAUGGAAGGCAUACAAACACAUUGCUGCGUUGAGAGCAGCUGCUUUAAUGUCUCCCGAAGUGAGAGCAGAGCAAUUUGUUGUCCUUGUGAGAGACAUACCUCCUGCCCCAGAAGGUCAAACUAGAAAGGAACAAGUUGAUUCAUAUUUCAAGUCUAUUUAUCCCGAUACAUUUUACAGGUCGUUGAUAGUGACUAAUAAUAAAGAGGUUAACAAAAUCUACAAAGAGUUGGAAGGGUGCAAGAAAAAGCUUGUACGCACUGAAACAAUAUAUGCAGAAUCGAAGACAACGGGCAAACCAGAAGGAACAAGGCCCACAAAGAAAACCAGCUUCCUAGGUCUUAUUGGGAAAAAGUUGGACAGUAUAGAGUACUACAGUGAGAAGAUCAGUGAACUGACUCCAAAGCUUGAAGCUGAACAGAAAGCCACCUUGAGAGAUAAGCAGCAAGCAGCGGCUCUGGUCUUCUUUACUAGCAGGGUGACCGCAGCCUCUGCAGCACAGAGCCUGCAUGCCACAAAGCUUGACACAUGGAAUGUGAUGGAUGCACCCAGACCUCAUCAAGUCAUAUGGACUAAUCUUACGAUUAAGUUAUUCGAGCGACAAAUACGGCAGUACAUUAUCUAUGUUAUAGUGGCUCUGACCAUUUUCUUCUGCACGAUUCCCAUCACGUUUGUUUCCGCCUUUAUGACUCUGGAAAAUCUGAAGAUAUAUCUUCCAUUUUUAAAGCCGAUUGUGAAUAAUGCAGCGAUCAGAACUGUGUUGGAAGCUUAUCUCCCUCAGAUUGCGCUCAUCGUAUUUCUGGCUUUGUUGCCCAAGUUGCUGUUGUUUCUGUCAAAGCUAGAGGGGAUUCCUUCCCAGAGCCAUAUAGAACGUGCUGCCUCUGGAAAAUACUUCUACUUCACGGUCUUGAAUGUGUUUAUUGGCGUUACUGUGGGUGGAACCUUGUUUGCUACAUUCAAGACUAUUGAGAAAAAUCCCAACUCUCUCCUCACAGUACUGGCGGCCAGUCUUCCUGUAAAUGCAACAUUUUUCCUCACUUAUGUUGCUCUGAGGACCUUUGUUGCCUACGGUCUCGAGCUUUCUCAGAUUGUUCCUCUUAUUAUUUUUCACUUGAAGAAGAAGUACCUCUGCAAGACUGAAGCUGAAAUCAAAGAAGCAUGGUAUCCCGGAGAUCUUGGAUACGCGACUAGAGUUCCCGGUGACAUGCUGAUCAUCACGAUUACCCUCUGCUAUUCUGUCAUUGCUCCUCUGAUCAUCCCUUUUGGUGUUGUAUACUUUGGCUUAGGAUGGCUUAUUCUUCGAAAUCAGGCACUCAAGGUUUACGUUCCAUCCUAUGAGAGUUAUGGAAGAAUGUGGCCGCACAUGCAUAUGCGAAUCCUAGCUGCUCUUCUCCUAUACCAGCUGACUAUGUUUGCCUAUUUUGGGGUGAAGAAAUUCUACUAUGCGUCUUUCCUGGUUCUGCUGAUCAUCUUGACCCUUAUCUUUGCCUACGUGUGUAACAAGAAGUUCUAUCGCUUCUUCCGCGACCCGGCACUGGAAGUCGCCUUGCACGAGCUGAAGGAGAUGCCGCACAUGGAGCGCAUCUUCCGGACGUACGUCCCUCCCAGCUUGUGCUCUGAGAAGGUCGAAGACGACCAGUUCGAGGAUGCUCUGUCUCAAGUUUCGAGGGCGGGGUCGUUCGCUUGAUGUAAAUAUCAGUAUAUUUCCUUCCCACUGGAAUGUUUUCUUUCUUGUGUCUAUCAAAGCAGGCAAACUUGUAGGAAGUUACACUAGAUUUGUUCAGCAUGUGAUAGGAAGUGUUUCUGUUUCUGUUUCACGUGUGUAGUUUUUAGUGUAAUUUUGUGCAUCUUUUGUGAAAGUGUUAUUUGUUCAGGAAAAUAUAAGAGUGUGCUUUUUGGUCAAA